GGGGAUGAUUACCUAAUUUGACAGUGAUACAUACUUAGCAUAACUUUCCAUGAUAAAGAUAAGACUAACAUAACAAUCUUUAGUUUCGAACAUUAUUGUGCUACAUUCGAGGCAGUGUGGCUGAAGAAUAGGAAUCGACUCGAGUCUCGGAAACCACAAGGCUAAACCACUAGAGCUGGUGGGAUCAUUACCGAGCCUGAGAGAUUUUGGCUGGCCAGUCACUCCGACAAUGCCAUUCUUCAACGCUUUUGUCGGUACAUCUCGAGCUGGUGAUGCUUGGUUCCUUGCUGGCCUUACAGCUUCCUUUCCAAACAUCACGGCUUCCGGAGAUACUGUCCUGUCAAAUCGCUUACCGUGCAAAGGCUCCUUCGCGCCAGGUUGCAAAGUUUUUAGUGUACCUUUGACUGAUAGUACUCAAGCCGUUGAAGUUAACCUUGACGAUGCCGUGACAGCCGGACUCAAGGAGCAAGUUAUAGUUUUUCAAUACCAAGGCAAGUUCCAUGCUGUUGAUCAUGUAAGUCUACUCAUUCUUUUUGUGCACAUCACUGAGAGGGCUAGGAAGUGAUUGAUAACGAAAAGCGAUAAUGGACUUGCUGCUAAAAUAAAAUGGUAGAGUUGUCCACAUUCAUCGUUUCCACUUUCACGGGGUACGCCGUUUGAUAUCGAAGAUUUUGGUAUCCGGCUGAGUGUUGGAAUACAAUGUCCAAAGCACGAUUGGUCCUUUGAUUUGAUUCACGGGAAAGGCGACCGAGGGAGCUACAAGCUAAAAGUCUGGGAGGUUCAAUUGCGGCCCAUUCCUGGAGCGGAGAAUGAGGAGGGUGAGGUUUGGGUUAGAAGGAAGCAAAGGAUAGGCUGAUUUAUCAUUCAGACUGAGAUAUAAAAUGGCCAAUAAGACGUGAAGCUUGGGGGAUCUUUGCAAUGGAUGUAUCAACCGAUAUAAUCGUGGCAACACAGCUACAUAGUAACCUACUGUACACAGUGUUGUCCGCAGGGGCAAGCGAGGAAAUCCUGUCAGUCUCAGAGGCUAUGACCCCUGGAUUAGGUUAUCUUAGCCAAGGAUUUGCGGUGUAACAGAUAUUUAAAGUUCUUUAAUGAAAUUUCAAACGGAGCAUCGGAUCAAUAUUCUUCGUAGGCAAGUUUAAAC